AUAUAUUGCAGGACUGAUGGAAGUGGCUCGUGUCCGACAUAAUGUGAUAAUGUAACCUCAAAUUAGUUCCAAAGCAGUUUAAAAAGUUAUCACUUUAACUUUGACUUGAAACAGUAAUUUUUUAAAAUCGAUGAUACUAUUGGACCACCAAAAAUGGCUACAGUGAAGAACAAGAGUGCGUCCUUAAAUAAUUUAAGUACAACACGGAUCCGACACGAUAGUUUUACAAGCAUAAACGAGAAGCAGGUAGAUGAUAUUUCCUUAGAAUUUUUCUAUAAACCGCAUACCAUUACAUUACUGGGCAUUACAAUAGUAAUUGUAAUAUACACAGCGUUUGUUAGGGAUAAUGGUAAUAUAGAGAACAACAUUUGGGAUGGAAUUUUGUGCUGUAUAUUUUUCUUUUUAAUUAUUUCCGUAUUGGCGUUUCCAAAUGGUCCGUUUAUCAGACCACAUCCUGCAGUUUGGAGGAUUGUGUUCGGUUUAAGCGUGCUAUAUUUAUUAGCGAUCUUAUUUCUGUUAUUUCAAAAUUACAAGACCGUAAGAAGCAUAUUCUUAUGGCUUGAUCCUAACUUGGCAAAUUUCCAUAUUGAUAUGGAAAAGGAGUAUGGAGUUAAUUGUUCUGAUAUAACAAUAGAAAGGGUCUGGAGUCACUUGGAUAUAUUCGCUGUUGGUCACUAUCUAGGUUGGUUGUUUAAAGCCAUUUUGAUACGUCACAAUGCGAUACUGUGGGCAAUCAGCUGCAUGUGGGAGAUAACAGAAAUAGCAUUCGCACAUUUGUUACCAAAUUUUAUCGAAUGCUGGUGGGAUGCGUGGAUUUUGGACGUUUUGGUCUGUAACGGGUUUGGAAUUUGGUGUGGCUUAAGGAUAUGCCAAAUGUUGGAGAUGAGAGAGUACAAAUGGACUAGUAUACGCGAUAUUCACACGACUACGGGUAAAAUUAAGAGGGCAGUGUUACAGUUUACGCCCGAAAGUUGGGUGUCUGUUCGUUGGUUGGAUCCCAAGUGUUCGUAUAUGCGUGUGAUCGCAUUUUGUCAAUUGGUUUUAUUUUGGCAAAUCUCAGAGUUGAAUACGUUCUUUCUCAAGCAUGUAUUCGAAAUGCCACCCUCCCAUCCGAUUGUUACGGGUCGUUUAAUUCUAAUUGGGGUUUUUGUUGCUCCUUCGGUCAGACAAUACUAUACUUAUGUAACAGAUACUCAAUGCAAGCGGGUGGGAACACAGUGCUGGGUUUACGGUUGCAUCAUGGUUUCAGAAGCGUUAUUGUGUAUCAAGCAUGGCCGGGAGCUAUUCGAACGUACUCAAGCGAUUAACAUAAUUGUUUGGUUACUGAUACAGUUGCUGAUAUCAGUAUUAUGUGUGAUUGGAUGUGUUUUAUGGGAUAGACAUUUUAAAGGCCAAAAUGAAGCUUCAAAGGAGGUCAGUCCAGUUAAGCAUAAACCGACUGUUACAUUCGCAGAUAUUAAACGACUGUCAAUGGAAAAAGAAGACUAAAAAACAGUUGAUAAGAUUUCUUAGUGUACAAUAAACUAUUUUGAUUAUGUUUAAGUUGUUCCUGUUUCCAAACAAUCAUCUAGUCAAGUUGGUGUAUUUUAUUUUUAUAUGCCAUUUUGUACCAGUUGCAAAAGUGAUCUUCAAUUUAGCGGUAAAUCAUUUAUAAAUAAAUUAAACAUACGGCUCACAUGACAUAAGAUCCACUGUGUAUUUACAGGAUUCAGUUUUUCACCUCUGAACCAACGAGGAAUUUGUUGCCAUAUUUAUUGUAAAACUGAUUAGCAAUAAAAAGUUUAUUAGAUCA